AUGGCACCAAAUCUCCAGACACUUUCUAUCCCUUCAGCCACAGUGCAAUCGCACGCCUCAAACCUUUUGCAACUUCCAGACAAGACUGUACUAUGUACCUGGUUCGGUGGUUCUCAAGAAGGUCUUCCAGAUAUCUGUAUCUGGCUAUCUCGACUUGAACCAGGAUCUUCCUCUUGGAGUACCCCACAAAAGGUGUCUUCCGAUGAGAACAGGAGUUGUCAGAACCCUGUCUUGUUCAGAGCACCACACAACGGAGAACUAUGGUUGCUGCACACUUCCCAAGAUGCUGGUAACCAAGACGGAGCUUUUAUACUUAAGCGCACAUCAUCAGAUGAGGGUAAAACGUGGUCCGAGGCCAGUCGUUUGCUUCAAGAUAUGACGGGCAUCUUUAUUAGACAACCCAUUGUCAUCAACAACGAAGGUGCUUGGGUCCUGCCGGUCUUUUACUGUCGCACGGAGCCUGGACAUAGAUGGAUCGGAAGUGAUGAUAUUUCUGGCGUUCUCUAUUCUCAGGAUAAUGGCGCUACAUGGAAAGAGAAGCAAGCGCCUGGCAGUGUUGGAGCUGUUCACAUGAACAUCAUCCCUCCAGCCUCUGGCCAGUCAACAUGGGCCGCUUUCUACCGUAGCCGGUGGGCAGACAACGUCUACCGCUCAACAUCCCAGAACGGAAUAGACUGGGAUGAACCACAAGCCACUUCUCUUCCCAACCCCAACAGUGGCAUCUGUGCUGCACGUCUCUCCUCAGGCCAUGUUGCACUUGUGUUCAACAGAUCUAGCGCAUCGGCAGAUACGCUCAAGCGCAAAGGUCUCUAUGAUGACAUCACCCCCGAAGACGAUAAGCGACCGAACCAGGUUACCAAGUCUGGAAAAGAUGCGAUUUGGGGAACUCCCAGAAAGACAUUGACACUUGGGAUUUCACAAGAUGAGGGGUUGACUUGGAGCGAGCGUGUGCUCGAGGACGGUGAUGGGUUCUGCGGAACGAAUAGUUCUUCAGGACAGGAGAAUAGGGAGUUGAGUUAUCCUAGUAUUUACAUUGAGAAAAAAGGCGAGACAGAUGUAGCUCAUGUGGCGUAUACGUGGCAUCGACAGCAUAUCAAGUAUGUUCAGAUUGAGGAUGUGGAGGGAUGGGUUAAGUCCAAGUAA